CUAGAUUCUUGUUCUACUUUGUCCUCUUAAAAGAAGAAGAAGAAGAAGAAGAAGAAGAAGAGGAAAAGGAAGGUGCUUUAGGUGAUUUGAAGGAAGAUAGAAGAGGAAAAAAGCAAACUUUUUUUUUUUUGGUUUUUGGUUUGUGUUUUCAUUUGGUUCUCUCUUUUCCUCUCUUGUCUUGAACACAUAAAAAGAUAGUGGAGUGAGAAUGGGGAGGUUGUCUAUUGGUAUCUUGGGGAUGAUGGAGCUGUAUGUGAGUAGUAUGGUGCAUUUGCUAUAUGGGUUCUAUAUUUUUAGCACUGCUGUGGCUUGGGACAUGUCUCAGAGCAUCACAGGGCGCUUUAGGCUCAGCAACAGCAAUAAUGAGAGGCAGAGUAAUGGGACUGUGCCUUUGGAUGGAUCAGUGCCUCCUAUUGUGUUGGUUCAUGGCAUCUUUGGAUUUGGGAAAGGGAGGCUUGGUGGGUUGUCAUAUUUUGCAGGGGCUGAGAUGAAGGAUGACCAUGUUCUUGUUCCAGACUUGGGGUCCUUGACUAGCAUCUAUGAUAGAGCAAGAGAGUUGUUUUACUAUUUGAAAGGUGGGAGGGUGGAUUAUGGAGAGGAACACAGUAGAGCUUGUGGGCAUUCAAGGUUUGGUAGGGUUUAUGAUCAAGGACACUAUCCAAUUUGGGAUGACCAGCAUCCAAUCCAUGUUGUUGGGCAUUCAGCAGGAGCACAGGUCAUUAGAGUUCUGCAACAAAUGUUGGCUGAUAAGGCCUUUGAAGGCUAUGAAAACACUAAUGAGGAUUGGGUGUUGAGUGUUACUUCACUCUCUGGUGCUCUCAAUGGAACUACAAGAACUUAUUUUGAUGGAAUGCAGCCGGAGGAUGGAAGAACAAUGAAACCCAUUUCUCUGCUGCAACUCUGCCGAAUUGGAGUGAUAGUUUAUGAUUGGCUGAACAUUUCAUGGCUAAAGAAGUACUAUAACUUUGGGUUUGAUCACUUUGAGAUGGAAUGGCGAAAGGCCGGUGUUUCAGGCCUUGCUGAUCUACUCUUAGGCAAUUCCGGACCUUUUGCUUCCGGGGAUUGGAUUCUGCCUGAUCUUACACUUCAAGGUUCUCUCAACCUUAAUUCUAAUUUGCAAACUUUUCCAAACACAUUCUACUUCAGUUAUGCAACAAAGAGAACCCGAAAGUUUUUUGGUGUAACACUGCCUUCAAGUCUGCUUGGUAUCCAUCCUUUGUUAUUUAUCAGAGUCUUGCAAAUGACCCAAUGGCGCCACCCUUCCGAUGUGCCUCUGCCUUACAAAGGUUACAGAGACGAAGAUUGGGAAGACAAUGAUGGGGCAUUGAACACAAUUUCAAUGACUCAUCCUAGGAUACCAGUGGAACAUCCUAGUCAUUUUAUCGACGAUGAUUCUGAAUGCCAUCCCUUGCAACCAGGCAUCUGGUACUACAACAAGAUUGUGGAAGCAGAUCAUAUAUUUUUUGUCAUAAAUCGGGAUCGAGCCGGAGUUCAAUUUGAUGUUUUAUAUGAUAGCAUCUUCCAGCGCUGCAGAAAACAUUUAUUCAGGACUACUUCUCCACCAACACUACCUAAUCAGAUCAUCUCAUAGCCUUGUGUUUCUUUUUUAGUUUCACUUGCACAUAGAAACAACAAAAUUAGCAGUAGUAAUCAAGUCUCACUGAAGAGUGUGCCCCAAAUCAGAGCAAUGAAGCUGUUUUUUUCUUUUUCUUUUCUUCUUUUGUAUCUAUAUGCAGACAUUUGUGGAUAUUCAGGCAGUUGUAUCUCCCCAUAGUCUUUGGGGAUAAAAAAAAAAGGUAAAAGGAAAUUUAGGUUUUACAAAAGUUAAUGAUGAGAUGAAUAGUUACAUUGAAUGA